AUGAAGGGGUUCCCGUAUAGACAAAUGCUAGUCAUUUGUCUUAUCAGAUUCAGUGAGCCUUUAGCAUUCACCUCCAUCUUCCCCUAUAUGUACUUCAUGAUUAGAGACUUUCAUAUAGCACCGGAUGAACAUCUGAUAGCAAAAUACAGUGGUUAUUUGGCCUCUUCAUUUGCGUUAUGUCAAUUUAUCUUUGCUGUCAAAUGGGGUAAGCUAUCGGAUAUCUAUGGACGUAAACCCAUUCUUCUUUUUGGCAUGUGUGGUACCGUUGUAUCAUUAUUGGUAUUUGGAUUCAGUACAAGCUAUUAUAUGGCCUUUGGAGCGAGAAUGAUCGCUGGAUGUCUCAAUGGGAACGUUGCAGUGCUUCGGACAAUGGUUGGUGAGAUUGUAAAGGAGAAGAAACAUCAACCAUUGGCGUUUCUGACUCUUCCGCUUCUAUUCAAUUUUGGAUCGACUUUAGGUCCAUUGAUUGGCGGUUCUUCUUAUUUCACUCGUCCCAAAAAGGAUAACCCUUAUGGAACAAAUUCAACUCUUAGUGGAACCCCAAUAAUUUCCGGAAUCUUCAACGCCAUCUCCGCUCCAGGGUUUGGGUCUCUUCCAGACCAGAUUCCUUCUCUGUAUAUCACCACAGAAGGUUGGUCUCUGUAUCACGAUAAGUUCUUGGACAAGUACCCCUACGCCUUGAGUAACAUAGUUGUGUCAACUAUCAUUCUAAUCAGUUGCACCAUUGGCCUUUUCCAGUUGCAGGAAACGCACCCAAAGCUUCAGAAACGUCGUGAUCCUUUCGUUGACUUUGGUGAUUCUUUUUUGCGAUGCAUCGGCUUCUCCACGCCUGAGCGGCCAUGGCAUCAAAAGGAGAUCGAUGACUGCAAUGAAACCGCUCCAUUGCUUGGAUCUCGAUCUGAAUCUGAAUCGAACUCUGAAUGCGGUGAAGACGAGGGCGGAUUGAGUCCCGUGUUCACAAAAGGUUUGGAUAGAGCCAUAGUAAAUCAAUAUGGCACUAACGGCCAUACAGCAGAAGAGACUGCGGGUGAAGAAACCAUUCGGCCUUUAACUCGUGCAUUGUCUAGAGAUGUUGAAGAAUCACCAGGUAACCAAGUUACUACGGUGCAAAGUAUAGCCAGUGGGCCAACUGAUUAUUCCAACGCAUUUACUCCUGCUGUGAUUACUGUGUUAACGUCUAACUUUAUUCUUUCCUUCCAUGCGAUCUGCUACAACGAAUUUUUACCUGUGUUCCUUGCGUCACCACUUCAACGCAAGUAUCUUCACUUCCCAUUGUCGAUCAAAGGGGGUUUUGGUCUUACGUCCGAGUUUAUUGGGAAAUUAUUCUCGUCUACCGGGAUCGCGGGCAUGGCUAUCAUUCUUGUGAUCUUUCCCCUAAUCGACCGGAAAUUAGGAACCAUACGUGGGUUUAGAUUUCUGUGUUCGAUCUUCCCCUUCAUGUACUUUUUUGUUCCACUCACUAUCUUCACCCAUCACGACUACAACUCGAACUUCCCAAGAUGGGUUAUGGUGGCUGCGUUGUACACCAUUACUUCGCUUAAAACCUUAGCACAGCUGACGGGGAUGCCUCAGAUCACUCUUCUUAACCAUCGAGCUGCUCAUGUUUCCCAUAGAGCCUACAUCAACUCCACCUCCAUGAGUAUAAUGGCUUUAGCGAGAUUUACAGGACCCAUGAUCUUUGGGUAUGUGAUGAGUUUUGGUGAUUCUUUAGGUCGUUCAUGGUUGAUUUGGUGGUGUUUAAGUAUGCUUUCAUUAUUCGGUUUCUUCCAGUCCUUCCGUAUGGACGAAUAUGCUGAUUGA